AAAACUUCUCUCUCAAAUGGUGAUCGUAAAGGCAAAGCUUCUUCCAAUAACUCAGGUUAUCAGUGUGAGGAAAACUCCUCCAGCAGCUUUGCAAAAAAGGAGGAUCAUUAUCAACUUCGGAAUAGGACCAGGAAGAGUCAGACCAUUUUACUUGUGGAUGAGGAGGAACCUGAGUUCACAGACACCACAGAGCAAACAGAAGAAAUUCCUGAGAGCAUGAAAGACUCCAGAAUCUACUAUCCAUCAAGGGAUGAUCCACAUUCCGUUGAAAUUUGUUAUGCAGACACUAAGUGCCUUGAUCCUCAAAGCUACCUGACAUCAGCAAUUAUGAAUUUCUACAUACGGUAUUUGCAUCAACAAGCAUCCCCUACAGACACGGGAAGUUGUGCAUUUCAUUUCUUCAAUACCUUUUUUUACAAUAAGCUCAAAGAUGCUGUAUCAGAAAAGGGAGCUAACAAGGAUAACCGCUUUGUCAAGCUUAGAAGGUGGUGGAAGGGUGUUGAUAUGUUUCAGAAGGCUUACAUACUUAUUCCUAUAAAUGAAGACGUUCAUUGGAGCCUUGUCAUUAUCUGUAUCCCUGACAAGGAAGAAGAAUCAGGACCACUUGUUCUUCAUUUAGACUCAUUAGGACUCCAUUGUAGCAAAUCCAUUUUUCGAAUUAUUAAAAGCUUUUUAAAAGAAGAAUGGUGCUAUUUGGAUGAAGUUGAUAUUUUAGAUCUAACAGUUUCAGACUGUUGGAAACGACUUCCUGACCAUAUUGAGGAGAAAAGACUUCCGGUCCCGCAACAGAAAAAUGACUAUGACUGUGGUCUUUUUGUACUCUUGUUUAUGGAACACUUCAUAGAAGACGCUCCUGAAAGGCUAAAAAAGAAAGAUUUAUCAAUGUUUGGCAGGCAGUGGUUCCAACCUCAAGAGGCUUCUAGGUUGAGAAACAAAAUCCGUAAGUUACUCAAGGAAGAAUUUCAAAAUGCAUCCAAGUCUAACCGCUCUAAAGAACCUUCUCCUCUGAGUGAUGGUUCUGAAGAAUGAAUCGACACAUGGGAGCCUUUCUGAAUAUGCACACAGUUGGUGCAUGUUGCAAUCAACCGCGUAAAUGAUCUUUUGAGUUUAGCAACUGGGAAAGUUAGUUUCAUGAUAGGGAAUACCAUUGCUCAGGAAAAGGGCAUAGAUCUUAGUCAUUUACAUUACUGACCAUUUUUGGCAAGCUAGAAUCCUUGUUUAGGAUGAGGCUUCAAGUGUAUAGUAGGAAAGUGAAAUAGUGAUGGUCUUUUCAAGGUAAUCUUUACCAUGUACAUUGUAGCUGUUAAGUUGAGAUGCUGUUUUUAUAAAAGCAAUUUCCGGCGGUCAGUUUGCAAGUGUUUUUGCCUUUAUCUGUAGUUUUCAGUCUUUUACUUCUGCAGCCAUUACGUUGUUACGGCUAAUGCUGAAACUUGAAUGGACUGUUUGUACUGUGUAGGCCGUAAUG